CACUCACUACAUUUCUGUCUUCUCAUUUCCCAAUUCCCAAAUUUUGCUCGCUCAAACCCUAAUUUCAAUUUUCGCAAAUCUCACCUGAAGACCUCAAGCUACACGCGUACCAUGAGCCGCUACGACAGCCGCUCCGCCGACCCAGGCUCUUACCGUGAGCGCCGCGGGGAUUCGGGGUUUGGUUAUAAGAAAGAACACGACAGCAGUUAUCGGUCCUCGUCUUCGUCGAAGAGAGACUCCGAUGGCGGGGCGGAGACUGCGCCGCGGAAGUCGGAGUUGGAUGGACUGACGCCGUUCGAGAAGAAUUUUUAUGUGGAGACUCAGUCUAUUGCCGCCAUGUCGGAGAGUGACGUGGAGGAGUAUAGGCGGCGACGGGAGAUUACCGUUGAAGGGAAGGAUGUGCCGAAGCCUGUUAAGAGCUUUAACGAUGUCGGUUUUCCAGAAUAUGUUCUACAAGAAAUUGAAAAGGCUGGAUUUACUGAACCUACACCUAUUCAAGCUCAAGGGUGGCCUAUGGCUCUGAAGGGACGGGAUCUUAUUGGUAUUGCAGAAACAGGGUCCGGGAAGACACUUGCUUAUCUCUUACCUGCUAUCGUUCACGUUAAUGCACAGCCAUUCUUAGCUCCGGGAGAUGGUCCAAUAGUUUUAGUUUUAGCUCCAACUCGCGAGCUUGCUGUUCAAAUACAACAAGAAGCUACUAAAUUUGGUGCAUCUUCAAAGAUUAAGAAUACAUGCAUAUACGGAGGGGUACCUAAGGGACCCCAAGUUCGUGAUCUCCAGAAAGGUGUCGAAGUUGUCAUUGCUACACCUGGAAGGCUAAUUGAUAUGUUGGAAUCUCACCAUACAAAUUUGCGAAGGGUGACUUAUCUUGUGUUGGAUGAGGCAGAUCGUAUGUUAGACAUGGGGUUUGAGCCUCAGAUUAGAAAAAUUGUUGAUCAGAUCCGCCCAGAUCGUCAGACUUUGUACUGGAGUGCCACAUGGCCAAAGGAGGUCGAGCAACUUGCUAGGAGGUCCCUUUUUAAUCCAUAUAAAGUAAUUAUUGGGUCACCAGAUUUGAAAGCCAACCAUGCAAUUCGCCAGCAUGUUGAUAUUGUAUCAGAAAGUCAAAAAUAUAACAAAUUAGUGAAACUGCUGGAGGACAUCAUGGAUGGUAGCCGCAUUUUGAUUUUUAUGGACACUAAAAAAGGGUGUGAUCAGACUACUAGACAACUCCGCAUGGAUGGUUGGCCCGCACUAUCUAUUCACGGAGAUAAAAGUCAAGCAGAGAGAGAUUGGGUUCUGUCAGAAUUCAGGGCCGGGAAGAGUCCCAUAAUGACUGCUACAGAUGUUGCAGCUCGUGGUCUAGAUGUCAAGGAUGUGAAAUACGUGAUCAAUUAUGACUUUCCUGGAUCUCUAGAGGAUUACGUUCAUCGUAUUGGUAGAACCGGAAGGGCUGGUGCUAAAGGUACUGCAUACACUUUCUUCACUGCUGCUAAUGCCAGAUUUGCGAAGGACCUCAUUAAUAUUCUGGAAGAGGCUGGACAGAAAGUCAGUCCUGAACUGGUCUCCAUGGGACGUGGUGCACCUCCUCCACCAGCAUAUGGUGGUUCUCGAGAUCGUGGAAGGGGAUAUGGCGGAGGGCGCUCUUGGAACUGAAGUAUGGCGUUGCUUCUAAAAGGUUUCUUCGGGAGAAAGUGGAGCAAUCUGUCCUCCUGUAACAUUGAUCAGAAGUUAUUCGUGUAGAAACAAAACUUGUUUUAAAUUCAUGAUAGUAUAAUGUAUAUUUGGAUAAUCUCGUAUCUACAUUUGAGCAAUUGAGUUUUUCACUAUUUGGGAUA